AUGAAAUUUCUACUAUUUACUUUCUUUCUCAUUGCUACAUUUUUAUUCAAUUAUUCAAUUGGCAGAGCAAUUAAUGAUACAAAUGAUUCCAUAGUGGUGUCUAACUAUAUUGAUGCUAACAAAGCUGAGCUAGCAACUGAGAAUUCAAUAGAUAAUGGAAAUUCAACAGUACCACCACAUACUCUACCAGGGCGAAGAGUUACUACAGAUACCCAUCGUAUUUCAAGCACUGUUUCAAUUGUAGUCCCUGUUGCUCUAUUUGGUUUAACAAUAUUAAUUGGUUAUGGUCUAAUUACUUAUGCUGUCAUAUCAGGUGGCCAUGGCAUAUCUUGUCUAACAGCCACGCGCACUAACAAUCGUCGGGCUAAAUAG